GCAGUUGGCCAGGCCAGGCCGGGGGAUCUAUUUUCUUUCGCAUUUUUGGCUGCGUGCAUUCUCAAUCUCCUCUCGUCUCUUCUUUCCCAUUAGACGGAGCGAGUAGUCCCGUUGAAACCCUAGAGACGCAUCACCAGAAAGAGACAGAAAACGAACCAAGAAGAAGAAGAAGAAGAUGUUGAGAGUUGCAGGGAGGAGGCUGUCUUCUCUCUCAUGGAUGAGGUCGGCCCAGACAUCGCCCUUCGUCGUUAGGAACGCUAUCACCGGCCCCGAUUCACCCUCCGGCAGCCCUAAGUCCGCUUGCUCACCCCACGCGUUUUCCGUCAACUCCAUGUUUCUCGAUCAAUUCAGAGGAUUUUCUUCUGAUUCCCUGGCUCCCACACAUGACGCUGGUGUAAUCCCAGACCUCGCAGCUACCGUGGCAGCUGUCAAAAAUCCCACCUCAAAAAUUGUGUAUGAUGAGUACAACCAUGAGCGCUACCCCCCUGGUGACCCCAGCAAGCGAGCAUUUGCAUACUUUGUCUUGACUGGUGGCCGGUUUGUGUAUGCUUCGCUGAUUCGUCUCCUGAUACUCAAGUUUGUCUUGAGCAUGUCUGCCAGUAAAGAUGUUCUUGCCCUUGCCUCCAUUGAGGUAGACCUCUCCAGCAUUGAACCAGGAACUACUGUUACAGUCAAGUGGCGCGGUAAACCAGUUUUCAUCAGGCGUCGAACUGAAGAGGACAUCAAGUUGGCCAACAGUGUUGAUGUUGCCUCCCUGCGCGACCCACAGGAGGACGCUGCUAGAGUCAAGGAUCCUGAAUGGCUUGUGGUGGUUGGAGUGUGUACGCAUUUAGGCUGUAUCCCGCUGCCAAAUGCUGGCGAUUUUGGUGGUUGGUUUUGUCCAUGUCAUGGUUCGCACUACGAUAUAUCUGGCAGGAUCCGCAAGGGGCCCGCACCCUUCAAUCUGGAAGUGCCUACUUACAGCUUCAUGGAGGAAAAUAAGUUGAUGAUCGGGUGAGGAAAAAUAAGUUGCAUGGUGGGUGCAUCUUAAAGCAUCUUCUGAUGUUUGUUAUUUUCCUCCAAGCCUGGGAAAGUGGAGAAUAAGUCAGGAGCAAGUUUAUACCCUCUUUUUGACCUAUUCAUUCAGUAAUGCUUUUUUAUCAUACGACUUUGGUAGGCGUAGGAGGGAUCUGAAUAAUAAUUAAAUUCAACUGCCUUCCAGUUCCUGUUGUGCAUUUUUUGUAUGUUUUCUUUUCAAGUGGAUAAAAACUUUUGGAAUAUAUUUCACCUAAUAAUUAAUUUGGGGAUGCUUUCCUUC